AUGAGCGGUUUUUAUAAUGAGCAGGAUUUUUACGCCAAUACCUAUAGCUUGUGGGGAAACUCGAAAUAUUAUGACAUAAAAAACCUGUCGCCGCAAAAUUUUGCCAAUCGGAAUGGUACAAUUGGAAGUGAGUUAGGGCAGGAGUUUCGGGCUACGCGAUGGGUGCCGGAAAAGGAAGUGAAGAAACCUCCUCCGGAUUAUUUCGACCGGCGUACUAUUACCCGGGAGUCCUUAUACCAAGAUCCGGAUAAAAAUAAGAAAAUAAAAGAAGACACUUGCAAAAAGUGGAGUCCAGCCAUUGACUGGACCUUGGGUUACUGGGAAAAACCUGACUGGGUGAAUCAGGAUGAAAAGCAGCCAGGCUCCAGUCUAAGCAAGAAGCAGGUGCUAGACGGGGCUAAGAUACAGAAGAAACUGGCUGACAUGCUCUCUAAACCAGUCAAGAUGAGCAAGGCUGAGAGCAUGAUGCAGAAGAUGGGUUGGCAAGGAGGCGCUCUGGGACGGAGUGGAGAUGGUAUCGUGGAGCCCAUUGCACCAAAUGCUGUCUAUUCAUCAAACAAAGUCGGUUUCGGUCAACUCCAACACAUAAAGCCACCAGAACCAAAGCCGGGUGAAAAGAAGCAAUAUUUCGAAACAAACGUGCUCCACAUAGUAUACGAAUUUGUAAAAAAUAAUAACGAAAUAGAGCUACUUUUCGAUAGAAAAUUGAGGAGAGAAGAACGGAAAAGGAUUCACAAUAUUGUGCAGCUCAAAUUACAAGCUGAUGAUUUGACGACUGUGGAUUUCGAUACCACGGCUCAAGUGGAGCUGGUACUCCAAAUAAACAAUCAUAAUUGCUAUAUGCUGCAUACGAAAAGCUACGGUACAUUUCCUGAACGCCAAUUAUGCCUGUUCAAAGUAGCGCCUGAUCACGUAUAUCUAGUUACGCCACAUCAACUUAGACAUUCGAAAGAAAGAGAUAUCGAAGAUGAACUGCUAGAAGUAGACUGUACAGAAGAGAUUGUACCUGAACCUCAAGUAAACCAAGUCGAGAAACUUCCAGAAGUAAAAAAACCAGAAGAAUUAGAACCGGAGGAAACAAAUCCAUUCCUAAUAAGCAUUACGAGGAAUUUAAAGAAAAAUUCUGAAUCGGAAAGUAAAGAAGAUACGGAAAAUCCGGAAAUUCCGGAAAUACCGGAAAAUCCGAAAAUUCCGGAAGUCCCGAAAAUUCCAGAAGCGGAGAAGAAACCGGAAAAGCCCGUUGUUCCGGAAAUGUCGGAGAUAAUGAAAUUAAUAGUGGAAUGUUAUAUGGAGUUUAAGGGGAGGAAGAAAUUUUCGCAGUUUAAGUUUAUGGGGCCUUUUGAUGAGGCACAGACAGACGCUGUUAAUGAGUUUAUGCAGCAAGCGACGAUGUAUCUAAAUAAAGAACCGUGCACGCUCGCCAGCGUGUUUGAAAACGUGGAAUUUAAGAUAAAGGAAGAUUGCACGGGAAACGCAGGGAUAUUCAAGAGACCUGUAAGAAAUCGUGUGAAAUGA